AUGUUUUUCCCUCCAUUACCUAGGUCUGUGAACUCCGGACGCUCAGCAGUGUGCUCCUUCCGCCUGGCUGACAUCAAAUCAGUAUUCUCUGGGAACUACAAAGUCCUGAACAGGGACACGCUACAGUGGAGCACACGGGUUCAAGAGAAGGUUGCCAAUCCAGGAGAGUGUGGCCUGCACAACGCCUCGGACAACGCGCUGCGCUUCGUCAAAGAGAACUUCCUGGCCGACGACAGCGUGCGGCCGGUGGGGAGGAGUGCGACGGUGGUGUCCGCUGAGCACAGCUACACACACCUGAGAGUGCAGAGGGUGCAGGGCGCCGGCAGCCGGAGCUACACCGUGCUGUUCCUGCUCACAG